UGUGGCAUCAAAACAGCCCUAGAGUAAUAUAAAUAGAAACUAGAAAUGCAUUGACAUGACAGUAUACAUAUGAACAGUUCAAUUGGAAGCUUGAAAUGGCAAACACAACUACAAGGAUAAUAACAUUUUAGAGUGGAUAGAAGCUAGAUAUUGUGAUUGUUUAUUGUCAUUGACCAAUUCCUUCCUCAAUUGAGAUUUUGAGAAAUUACAGAAAUAAGGAGACUGGCAGUAAAGUGUUUUCUGUAGAAAACAACUGCAUCAACUGGGUUCAAAAUGAAGGCACAGAAAGUGACAGCUACUUUCACCAUGGUGUUCUUAUGUUGGAUUAUCCAUGGAGUUUCUACCACAACCGCUUCUUCUACAACUGCAUCUCCUACAACUGCAGAUCUUAUUACGGCAACAACAACUGCAGCUCCUAUGGCAUCAACUGUAGCUCCUACGACAACUGCAGCUCCAACGACAACUGCAGUACCUAAUACGACACCCACAACUGCAGUUCCUAAUACAACUGUAGCUCCAACGACCACAACAACAGUAGAACCUACAACGGCAGUUGUAGCUCCUACAGCAACAAAUGUAGCUCCUACUACUACUACAACUACAGCCCCUACUACGACUGUAGAUCCUACGGACACUACAAAGGUAACACCUACAAUGACCACUGUAGCUCCCACGACACCUGAAGCUCUGACGACAACAACUGCUGCUCCUACGACCACUACAACUCCAGAACCUACUACGACAGAACCUACUCCUACAACUGCUACGACUGUAGAACCUACUACGACAACCAGUGCAGCUCCUACUACAACAACUGCUGUUCUUACAACCACAACGACCGAAGCACCUUCUACAACAACUACAACUUCAGCUCCUACGACAACCACAACAGCAACACCUACAACAACUGUAGCUCCCACAACAACUUUAGCAUCUACUUCAACCACAUCAGCUGCCCCUACAACAACCACUGCAACCCUAACUACAACAACUGCUGCUCCUACGACCACUACAACUCCAGAACCUACUACGACAACCACUGCAUCUCCAACUACAACAACUGAUGUUCUUACAACCACAACGACCGAAGCACCUUCUACAACUUCAGCUCCUACGACAACCACAACAGCAACACCUACAACAACUGUAGCUCCUGCGACAACUGCAGCUCCUACAACAACUUUAGCCUCUACUUCAACCACAGCAGCAGCCGCUACGACAACUACUGCAGCCCUAACUACAACAACUGCUGCUCCUACGACCACUACAACUCCAGAACCUACUACGACAACCAGUGCAGAUCCAACUACAACUGCUGUUCUUACAACCACAACGACCGAAGCACCUUCUACAACAACUACAACUUCAGCUCCUACGACAACCACAACAGCAACACCAACAACAACUGUAGCUCCCACAACAACUUUAGCAUCUACUUCAACCACACCAGCUGCCCCUACGACAACCACUGCAGCCCUAACUACAACAACUGCUGCUCCUACGACCACUACAACUCCAGAACCUACUACGACAACCACUGCAGCUCCAACUACAACAACUGCUGUUCUUACAACCACAACGACCGAAGCACCUUCUACAACAACUACAACUUCAGCUCCUACGACAACAACAGCAACACCAACAACAACUGUAGCUCCCACGACAACUGCAGCUCCUACAACAACUUUAGCCUCUACUUCAACCACAGCAGCAGCCACUACGACAACUACUGCAGCCCUAACUACAACAACUGCUGCUCCUACGACCACUACAACUCCAGAACCUACUACGACAACCAGUGCAGCUCCUACUACAACAACUGCUGUUCUUACAACCACAACGACCGAAGCACCUUCUACAACAACUACAACUUCAGCUCCUACGACAACCACAACAGCAACACCUACAACAACUGUAGCUCCCACAACAACUUUAGCAUCUACUUCAACCACAUCAGCUGCCCCUACGACAACCAUUGCAGCCCUAACUACAACAAUUGCUGCUCCUACGACCACUACAACUCCAGAACCUACUACGACAACCAGUGCAGCUCCAACUACAACUGCUGUUCUUACAACCACAACGACCGAAGCACCUUCUACAACAACUACAACUUCAGCUCCUACGACAACCACAACAGCAACACCUACAACAACUGUAGCUCCCACAACAACUUUAGCAUCUACUUCAACCACAUCAGCUGCCCCUACGACAACCACUGCAGCCCUAACUACAACAACUGCUGCUCCUACGACCACAACAACUCCAGAACCUACUACGACAACCACUGCAUCUCCAACUACAACAACUGAUGUUCUUACAACGACCGAAGCACCUUCUACAACAACUACAACUUCAGCUCCUACGACAACCACAACAGCAACACCUACAACAACUGUAGCUCCCACGACAACUGCAGCUCCUACAACAACUUUAGCCUCUACUUCAACCACAGCAGCAGCCGCUACGACAACUACUGCAGCCCUAACUACAACAACUGCUUCUCCUACGACCACUACAACUCCAGAACCUACUACGACAACCAGUGCAGCUCCAACUACAACUGCUGCUCUUACAACCACAACGACCGAAGCACCUUCUACAACAACUACAACUUCAGCUCCUACGACAACCACAACAGCAACACCUACAACAACUGUAGCUCCCACAACAACUUUAGCAUCUACUUCAACCACAUCAGCUGCCCCUACGACAACCAUUGCAGCCCUAACUACAACAAUUGCUGCUCCUACGACCACUACAACUCCAGAACCUACUACGACAACCACUGCAGCUCCAACUACAACAACUGAUGUUCUUACAACCACAACGACCGAAGCACCUUCUACAACAACUACAACUUCAGCUCCUACGACAACCACAACAGCAACACCUACAACUACUGUAGCUCCCACAACAACUGCAGCUCCUACAACAACUUUAGCCUCUACUUCAACCACAGCAGCAGCCUCUACGACAACUACUGCAGCCCUAACUACAACAACUGCUGCUCCUACGACCACUACAACUCCAGAACCUACUACGACAACCAGUGCAGCUCCAACUACAACUGCUGUUCUUACAACCACAACGACCGAAGCACCUUCUACAACAACUACAACUUCAUCUCCUACGACAACCACAACAACAGCACCUACUAUAACACCUGCAGUUCCUACAACUGUAGCUCCCACGACCACUACACCUGCUGUACUUACUACAACAAUGACAACUACAGCUCCAGCAACAACAACUGUAGCUUCUACGUCAACCACAGCAGCUGCCUCUACAACAACCACUGCAGCUGUAACUUCAACAACUGCUGCUCCAACGACCACUACAACUCUAGAACCUAUUACAACAACCACUGCAGCUCCUGCUACAACAACUGCAAUUCUUACAACCACUGCGACUGCAGCACCUUCUACAACAACUACAACUUCAGCUCCUACGACAACCAAAACAGCAACACCUACAACAACUGUAGCUCCCACAACCACUUUAGCCUCUACUUCAACCACAUCAGCUGGCCCUACGACAACCACUGUAGCCCUAACUACAACAACUGCUGCUCCUACGACCACAACAACUCCAGAACCUACUACGACAACCACUGCAGCUCCAACUACAACAACUGAUGUUCUUACAACCACAACGACCGAAGCACCUUCUACAACAACUACAACUUCAGCUCCUACGACAACCACAACAGCAACACCUACAACAACUGUAGCUCCCACGACAACUGCAGCUCCUACAACAACUUUAGCCUCUACUUCAACCACAGCAGCAGCCGCUACGACAACUACUGCAGCCCUAACUACAACAACUGCUGCUCCUACGACCACUACAACUCCAGAACCUACUACGACAACCAGUGCAGCUCCAACUACAACUGCUGCUCUUACAACCACAACGACCGAAGCACCUUCUACAACAACUACAACUUCAGCUCCUACGACAACCACAACAGCAACACCUACAACAACUGUAGCUCCCACAACAACUUUAGCAUCUACUUCAACCACAUCAGCUGCCCCUACGACAACCAUUGCAGCCCUAACUACAACAAUUGCUGCUCCGACGACCACUACAACUCCAGAACCUACUACGACAACCAGUGCAGCUCCAACUACAACAACUGCUGUUCUUACAACCACAACGACCGAAGCACCUUCUACAACAACUACAACUUCAGCUCCUACGACAACCACAACAGCAACACCUACAACUACUGUAGCUCCCACAACAACUGCAGCUCCUACAACAACUUUAGCCUCUACUUCAACCACAGCAGCAGCCGCUACGACAACUACUGCAGCCCUAACUACAACAACUGCUGCUCCUACGACCACUACAACUCCAGAACCUACUACGACAACCAGUGCAGCUCCAACUACAACUGCUGUUCUUACAACCACAACGACCGAAGCACCUUCUACAACAACUACAACUUCAUCUCCUACGACAACCACAACAACAGCACCUACUAUAACACCUGCAGUUCCUACAACUGUAGCUCCCACGACCACUACACCUGCUGUACUUACUACAACAAUGACAACUACAGCUCCAGCAACAACAACUGUAGCUUCUACGUCAACCACAGCAGCUGCCUCUACAACAACCACUGCAGCUGUAACUUCAACAACUGCUGCUCCAACGACCACUACAACUCUAGAACCUAUUACAACAACCACUGCAGCUCCUGCUACAACAACUGCAAUUCUUACAACCACUGCGACUGCAGCACCUUCUACAACAACUACAACUUCAGCUCCUACGACAACCACAACAGCAACACCUACAACAACUGUAGCUCCCACAACCACUUUAGCCUCUACUUCAACCACAUCAGCUGGCCCUACGACAACCACUGUAGCCCUAACUACAACAACUGCUGCUCCUACGACCACAACAACUCCAGAACCUACUACGACAACCACUGCAGCUCCAACUACAACAACUGAUGUUCUUACAACCACAACGACCGAAGCACCUUCUACAACAAUUACAACUUCAGCUCCUACGACAACCACAACAGCAACACCUACAACAACUGUAGCUCCCACGACAACUGCAGCUCCUACAACAACUUUAGCCUCUACUUCAACCACAGCAGCAGCCGCUACGACAACUACUGCAGCCCUAACUACAACAACUGCUGCUCCUACGACCACUACAACUCCAGAACCUACUACGACAACCAGUGCAGCUCCAACUACAACUGCUGUUCUUACAACCACAACGACCGAAGCACCUUCUACAACAACUACAACUUCAGCUCCUACGACAACCACAACAGCAACACCUACAACAACUGUAGCUCCCACGACAACUGCAGCUCCUACAACAACUUUAGCAUCUACUUCAACCACAGCAGCUGCCCCUACGACAACCACUGCAGCCCUAACUACAACAACUGUAGCUCCUACGACCACUACAACUCCAGAACCUACUACGACAACCAGUGCAGCUCCAACUACAACAACUGCUGUUCUUACAACCACAACGACCGAAGCACCUUCUACAACAACUACAACUUCAGCUCCUAUGACAACAACAACAGCAACACCUACAGCAACUCUAGCUCCCACGACAACCGCAGCUCCUACAACAACUUUAGCCUCUACUUCAACCACAGCAGCUGCCCCUACGACAACUACUGCAGCCCUAACUACAACAACUGCUGCGCCUACAACCACUACAACUCCAGAACCUACUACGACAACCAGUGUAGCUCCUACGACCACAACGACCGCAGCGCCUUCUACAACAACUACAACUUCAGCUCCUACGACAACCACAACAACAGCACCUACUAUAACACCUGCAGUUCCUACAACUGUAGCUCCCACGACCACUACACCUGCUGUACUUACUUCAACAAUGAUAACUACAGCUCCUGCUACAACAACUGUAGCUCCCACGACAACUGUAGCUCCUACAACAACUUUAGCCUCUACUUCAACCACAGCAGCUCCAACAACCACUACAGCUGCCUCUACGACAACCACUGCUGCUUUAACUACAUCAACGGCUGCUCCAACAACCACUACAACUCUAGAACCUACUACGACAACCAGUGCAGCUCCUACUACAACAACUGCUGUUCUUACGUCCACAACGAACGCAGCACCUUCUACAACAACUACAACUUCAGCUCCUACGCCAACCACAACAACAGCACCUACUACAACACCUGCAGUUCCUACAACUGUAGCUCCCACAACCACUACACCUGCUGUACUUUCUACAGCAACAACAACUGUAGCUUCUACAUCAUCCACAGCAGCUGCCUCUACAACAACCACUGCAGCUCUAACUUCAACAACUGCUGCUCCAACAACCACUACAACUCCAGAACCUAUUUCGACAACCACUGCAGCUCCUGCUACAACAACUGCUAUUCUAACAACCCCAACGACCGCAGCACCUUCUACAACAACUUCAGCUCCUACGACAACCACAACAACAGCACCUACUACAGCACCUGCAGUUCCUACAACUGUAGCUCCCACGACCACUACCCCUGCUGUACUUACUACAGCAAUCACAACUACAGCUCCUGCUACAACAACUGUAGCUUCUACGUCAGCUGCCUCUACGACAACCACGGCAGCUCUAACUACAACAACUGCUGCUCCUACCACCACUACAACUCCAGAACCUACUACCACAACCAGUGCAGCUCCUACUACAACAACUGCUGUUCUUACGACCACUGUGACUGCAGCACCUUCUACAACAACUACAACAACUGCUGCUCCAACAACCAGUACAACUGCCUCUACAACAACCACUGCAUCUCUAACUACAACAAUUGCUGCUCCAACAACCACUACAACUCCAGAACCUAUUAAAACAACCACUGCAGCUUCUGCUACAACAACUGCUAUUCUUACAACCACUGUGACUGCAGCACCUUCUACAACAACUACAACUUCAGCUCCUACAACAACCACUACAGCAACACCUACAACAACUGUAGCUCCUACAACAACUUUAGCCUCUACUUCAACCACAGCCGCUGCCCCUACGACAACCACUGCAGCCCUAACUACAACAACUGCUGCUCCAACGACCACUACAACUCCAGAACCUAUUACGACAACCACUGCAGCUCUAACUACAACAACUGCUGCUCCAACGACCACUACAACUCCAGAACCUAUUACGACAACCAGUGCAGCUCCUUCUAUAACAACUGCUGUUCUUACGACCACAACGACUGGAGCACCUUCUACAACAACUACAACUUCAGCUCCUACGACAACCACAACAACAGCACCUACUACAACACCUGCAGUUCCUACAACUGUAGUUCCCACAACCACUACACCUGAUGUACUUACUACAACAAUCACAACUACAGCUCCUGCUACAAUAACUGUAGCUUCUACGUCAACCACAGCAGCUGCCUCUACGACAACCCUUGCAGCUCUAACUACAACAACUGCUGCUCCAACGACCACUACAACUCCAGAACCUAUUACAACAAGCACUGCAGCUCCCAAAACUGCUAUUCUUACAACCACUGUGACAGCAGCACCUUCUAUAAUAAUUACAACUUCAGCUCCUACGACAACCACAACAGCAACACCUACAACAACUGUAGUUCCCACGACAACAGCUGCUCCUACAACAACUUUAGCCUCUACUUCAACCAUAGCAGCUGCUCCUACGAAAACUACUGCAGUCCUAACUACAACAACUGCUGCUCUUAUGACCACUACAACUCCUGAACCUACUACGACAACCAGUGCAGCUCCUUCUAUAACAACUGCUGUUCUUACGACCACAACGACCGCAGCACCUUCUACAACAACUACAACUUCAGCUCCUACGACAACCACAACAACAGCACCUACUACAACACCUGCAGUUCCUACAACUGUAGCUCACACGACCACUACACCUGCUGUACUUACUACAACAAUCACAACUACAGCUCCUGCUACAACAACUGUAGCUUCUACGUCAACCACAGCAGCUGCCUCUACAACAACCACUGCAGCUCUAACUUCAACAACUGCUAUUCUUACAACCACUGCGAAUGCAGCACCUUCUACAACAACUACAACUUCAGCUCCUACGACAAUCACAACAACAACAGUAGCUCCCACGAAAACUGCAGUUCUUUCAACAAGUUUAGCAUCUACUUCAACCACAGCAGCAGCCCCUACGAUUUCCACCGCAGCCCUAACUACAACAACUGCUGCUCCUACCACCACUAGAACUCCAGAACCAACUACGACAACCAGUGCAGCUCCUACAACAACUGUAGCUUCUACGUCAACCACAGCAGCUGCUUCUACGACAACCACUGCAGCUCUAACUACAACAACUGCUACUCCUACGACCGAUACAACUCCAGAACCUGCUACGACAGAACCUACUCCUACAACUGCUACGACUGCAGAACCUACCAUGACAGCCAGUGCAGCUCCUGUGACAACUGCUGUUCUUAUGACCACAUCGACUGCAGCACCUUCUACAACAACUACAACAGCUCUUUCUACUGCAACUGUAAAUCCUAUGACAACAAUAGUUGGUCCUACGACACCUAUUACAACAAUUAAUACUGCAGGUCCUACAACCACCACCACAACUGGUAGUUCUCAUCCUACAACAACGACUACAACUGCAGCACCUACAAGUACAACCACAAUUGUACUUCCUAACUCGACAUCCAGAAAUGCAACUUAUAACUCAACUUCUAUGGCAUCAACAACUAGAUUCGGCACAGUGGGGGGUUUUGUUGAACUGAUAUUCAAGGUGAAAACACCAGUCCCCACUGAGGAUGAUGUCCUUGGUGCCGUCAAGAAGCAACUGUCUCCUCAAUUCCCGACCACUCAAACCACCUACCAGAAUGCAACUUAUAUCAAACUUACAGAUACUUCAUUUGCCAUCGUCCUUGGUUUCAAAAUAACCAAUGUAACCCAGGAGUCUCUAAGUAAUAGACUCACACUCACCAAUGAGACCGAAACCCAGAUACAGGAUUCAAUUAACAUACUACUCCAUAAGGUUCUCAGUGAACCAGACGGCAACCAGUUUCAAUUUCCCAGCGCCAACUUCAUUGACGAUGGCACUGAAAUCACAGCAAACGUGACGUAUGUAUACAAAGAGGAAGAUGUCAACCAGCCUAGUAGUUUUCUACAGGAAGUCUUAAAAGUCUCAGGUCUCCUGACCGCCACUGUUGCCCCAACAACAACUAUCAGCAACACACCACUUCCUACCCUUUUGACUUCAGUGACAUCAACAACUAGAUUCGGCACAGUGGGGGUUUUUGUUGAACUGAUAUUCAAGGUCAAAUCACCAGUCCCCACUGAGGAUGAUGUCCUUGGUGCCGUCAAGAAGCAACUGUCUCCUCAAUUCCCGACCACUCAAACCACCUACCAGAAUGCAACUUAUAUCAAACUUACAGAUACUUCAUUUGCCAUCGUCCUUGGUUUCAAAAUAACCAAUGUAACCCAGGAGUCUCUAAGUAAUAGACUCACACUCACCAAUGAGACCGAAACCCAGAUACAGGAUUCAAUUAACAUACUACUCCAUAAGGUUCUCAGUGAACCAGACGGCAACCAGUUUCAAUUUCCCAGCGCCAACUUCAUUGACGAUGGCACUGAAAUCACAGCAAACGUGACGUAUGUAUACAAAGAGGAAGAUGUCAACCAGCCUAGUAGUUUUCUACAGGAAGUCUUAAAAGUCUCAGGUCUCCUGACCGCCACUGUUGCCCCAACAACAACUAUCAGCAACACACCACUUCCUACCCUUUUGACUUCAGUGACAUCAACAACUAGAUUCGGCACAGUGGGGGGUUUUGUUGAACUGAUAUUCAAGGUGAAAACACCAGUCCCCACUGAGGAUGAUGUCCUUGGUGCCGUCAAGAAGCAACUGUCUCCUCAAUUCCCGACCACUCAAACCACCUACCAGAAUGCAACUUAUAUCAAACUUACAGAUACUUCAUUUGCCAUCGUCCUUGGUUUCAAAAUAACCAAUGUAACCCAGGAGUCUCUAAGUAAUAGACUCACACUCACCAAUGAGACCGAAACCCAGAUACAGGAUUCAAUUAACAUACUACUCCAUAAGGUUCUCAGUGAACCAGACGGCAACCAGUUUCAAUUUCCCAGCGCCAACUUCAUUGACGAUGGCACUGAAAUCACAGCAAACGUGACGUAUGUAUACAAAGAGGAAGAUGUCAACCAGCCUAGUAGUUUUCUACAGGAAGUCUUAAAAGUCUCAGGUCUCCUGACCGCCACUGUUGCCCCAACAACAACUAUCAGCAACACACCACUUCCUACCCUUUUGACUUCAGUGACAUCAACAACUAGAUUCGGCACAGUGGGGGUUUUUGUUGAACUGAUAUUCAAGGUCAAAUCACCAGUCCCCACUGAGGAUGAUGUCCUUGGUGCCGUCAAGAAGCAACUGUCUCCUCAAUUCCCGACCACUCAAACCACCUACCAGAAUGCAACUUAUAUCAAACUUACAGAUACUUCAUUUGCCAUCGUCCUUGGUUUCAAAAUAACCAAUGUAACCCAGGAGUCUCUAAGUAAUAGACUCACACUCACCAAUGAGACCGAAACCCAGAUACAGGAUUCAAUUAACAUACUACUCCAUAAGGUUCUCAGUGAACCAGACGGCAACCAGUUUCAAUUUCCCAGCGCCAACUUCAUUGACGAUGGCACUGAAAUCACAGCAAACGUGACGUAUGUAUACAAAGAGGAAGAUGUCAACCAGCCUAGUAGUUUUCUACAGGAAGUCUUAAAAGUCUCAGGUCUCCUGACCGCCACUGUUGCCCCAACAACAACUAUCAGCAACACACCACUUCCUACCCUUUUGACUUCAGUGACAUCAACAACUAGAUUCGGCACAGUGGGGGUUUUUGUUGAACUGAUAUUCAAGGUCAAAUCACCAGUCCCCACUGAGGAUGAUGUCCUUGGUGCCGUCAAGAAGCAACUGUCUCCUCAAUUCCCGACCACUCAAACCACCUACCAGAAUGCAACUUAUAUCAAACUUACAGAUACUUCAUUUGCCAUCGUCCUUGGUUUCAAAAUAACCAAUGUAACCCAGGAGUCUCUAAGUAAUAGACUCACACUCACCAAUGAGACCGAAACCCAGAUACAGGAUUCAAUUAACAUACUACUCCAUAAGGUUCUCAGUGAACCAGACGGCAACCAGUUUCAAUUUCCCAGCGCCAACUUCAUUGACGAUGGCACUGAAAUCACAGCAAACGUGACGUAUGUAUACAAAGAGGAAGAUGUCAACCAGCCUAGUAGUUUUCUACAGGAAGUCUUAAAAGUCUCAGGUCUCCUGACCGCCACUGUUGCCCCAACAACAACUAUCAGCAACACACCACUUCCUACCCUUUUGACUUCAGUGACAUCAACAACUAGAUUCGGCACAGUGGGGGUUUUUGUUGAACUGAUAUUCAAGGUCAAAUCACCAGUCCCCACUGAGGAUGAUGUCCUUGGUGCCGUCAAGAAGCAACUGUCUCCUCAAUUCCCGACCACUCAAACCACCUACCAGAAUGCAACUUAUAUCAAACUUACAGAUACUUCAUUUGCCAUCGUCCUUGGUUUCAAAAUAACCAAUGUAACCCAGGAGUCUCUAAGUAAUAGACUCACACUCACCAAUGAGACCGAAACCCAGAUACAGGAUUCAAUUAACAUACUACUCCAUAAGGUUCUCAGUGAACCAGAUGGCAAACAGUUUAAAUUUCCCAACGCCAACUUCAUUGACGAUGGCACUGAAAUCACGGCAAACGUGACGUAUGUAUACAAAGAGGAAGAUGUCAACCAGCCUAGUAGUUUUCUACAGGAAGUCUUAAAAGUCUCAGGUCUCCUGACCGCCACUGUUGCCCCAACAACAACUAUCAGCAACACACCACUUCCUACCCUUUUGACUUCAGUGACAUCAACAACUAGAUUCAGCACAGUGGGGGUUUUGGUUGAACUGAUAUUCAAGGUGAAAACACCAGUCCCCACUGAGGAUGAUGUCCUUGGUGCCGUCAAGAAGCAACUGUCUCCUCAAUUCCCGACCACUCAAACCACCUACCAGAAUGCAACUUAUAUCAAACUUACAGAUACUUCAUUUGCCAUCGUCCUUGGUUUCAAAAUAACCAAUGUAACCCAGGAGUCUCUAAGUAAUAGACUCACACUCACCAAUGAGACCGAAACCCAGAUACAGGAUUCAAUUAACAUACUACUCCAUAAGGUUCUCAGUGAACCAGAUGGCAAACAGUUUAAAUUUCCCAACGCCAACUUCAUUGACGAUGGCACUGAAAUCACGGCAAACGUGACGUAUGUAUACAAAGAGGAAGAUGUCAACCAGCCUAGUAGUUUUCUACAGGAAGUCUUAAAAGUCUCAGGUCUCCUGACCGCCACUGUUGCCCCAACAACAACUAUCAGCAACAAACCACUUCCUACCCUUUUGACUUCAGUGACAUCAACAACUAGAUUCAGCACAGUGGGGGUUUUGGUUGAACUGAUAUUCAAGGUGAAAACACCAGUCCCCACUGAGGAUGAUGUCCUUGGUGCCGUCAAGAAGCAACUGUCUCCUCAAUUCCCGACCACUCAAACCACCUACCAGAAUGCAACUUAUAUCAAACUUACAGAUACUUCAUUUGCCAUCGUCCUUGGUUUCAAAAUAACCAAUGUAACCCAGGAGUCUCUAAGUAAUAGACUCACACUCACCAAUGAGACCGAAACCCAGAUACAGGAUUCAAUUAACAUACUACUCCAUAAGGUUCUCAGUGAACCAGAUGGCAAACAGUUUAAAUUUCCCAACGCCAACUUCAUUGACGAUGGCACUGAAAUCACGGCAAACGUGACGUAUGUAUACAAAGAGGAAGAUGUCAACCAGCCUAGUAGUUUUCUACAGGAAGUCUUAAAAGUCUCAGGUCUCCUGACCGCCACUGUUGCCCCAACAACAACUAUCAGCAACACACCACUUCCUACCCUUUUGACUUCAGUGACAUCAACAACUAGAUUCGGCACAGUGGGGGUUUUGGUUGAACUGAUAUUCAAGGUCAAAUCACCAGUCCCCACUGAGGAUGAUGUCCUUGGUGCCGUCAAGAAGCAACUGUCUCCUCAAUUCCCGACCACUCAAACCACCUACCAGAAUGCAACUUAUAUCAAACUUACAGAUACUUCAUUUGCCAUCGUCCUUGGUUUCAAAAUAACCAAUGUAACCCAGGAGUCUCUAAGUAAUAGACUCACACUCACCAAUGAGACCGAAACCCAGAUACAGGAUUCAAUUAACAUACUACUCCAUAAGGUUCUCAGUGAACCAGAUGGCAAACAGUUUAAAUUUCCCAACGCCAACUUCAUUGACGAUGGCACUGAAAUCACGGCAAACGUGACGUAUGUAUACAAAGAGGAAGAUGUCAACCAGCCUAGUAGUUUUCUACAGGAAGUCUUAAAAGUCUCAGGUCUCCUGACCGCCACUGUUGCCCCAACAACAACUAUCAGCAACACACCACUUCCUACCCUUUUGACUUCAGUGACAUCAACAACUAGAUUUGGCACAGCCGUGGUUUUUGUUGAACUGAUAUUCCAGCUCAAAACACCAGUCCCCACUGAGGAUGCUGUCCUUGGUGCCGUCAAGCAGCAAUUGUCUCUUCAAUCCAAGACCACUCAAACCACCUUCCAUAAUGCAACUUAUAUCAAACUUACUGAUACUUCAUUUGCCAUCAACCUUGGUUUCAAAAUAACCAAUGUAACCCUGGAGUCUCUAAGUAAUAGACUCACAUUCACCAAUGAGACCUACAUCCAGAUACAGCUUUCAAUUAACACACUACUUCGUGAACUUCUCAGUGAACCAGACGGCAAACAGUUUCAAUUUCCCAACGCCGACUUCAUUGCUUAUGGCACUGAAAUCAGGGCAAACGUGACGUAUGUAUACAAGGAGGAAGAUGUCAGCCACCCUAGUGGUUUUCUACAGGAUGUCUUAAAAGUCUCAGGUCUCCUGACCGCCACUGUUGCCCCAACAACAACUAUCAGCAACACACCACUUCCUACCCUUUUGACUUCAGUGACAUCAACAACUAGAUUCAGCACAGUGGGGGUUUUGGUUGAACUGAUUUUCAAGGUGAAAACACCAGUCCCCACUGAGGAUGCUGUCCUUGGUGCCGUCAAGAAGCAACUGUCUCCUCAAUUCACGACCACUCAAACCACCUUUCAGACUGCAACAUAUAUCAAACUUACAGAUACUUCAUUUGCCAUCGACCUUGGUUUCAAAAUAACCAAUGUAACCCAGGAGUCUCUAAGUAAUAGACUCACACUCACCAAUGAGACCGAAACCCAGAUACAGGAUUCAAUUAACAUACUACUCCAUAAGGUUCUCAGUGAACAAGACGGCAAACAGUUUCAAUUUCCCAACGCCAACUUCAUUGCUGAUGGCACUGAAAUCACUGCAAACAUGACGUAUGUAUACAAAGAGGAAGAUGUCAACCAGCCUAGUAGUUUUCUACAGGAAGUCUUAAAAGUCUCAGGUCUCCUGACCACCACUGUUGCCCCAACAACAACUAUCAGCAACACACCACUUCCUACCCUUUUGGCUUCAGUGACAUCAACAACUAGAUUCAGCACAGUGGGGGUUUUGGUUGAACUGAUUUUCAAGGUCAAAUCACCAGUCCCCACUGAGGAUGCUGUCCUUGGUGCCGUCAAGAAGCAACUGUCUCCUCAAUUCACGACCACUCAAACCACCUUUCAGACUGCAACAUAUAUCAAACUUACAGAUACUUCAUUUGCCAUCGACCUUGGUUUCAAAAUAACCAAUGUAACCCAGGAGUCUCUAAGUAAUAGACUCACACUCACCAAUGAGACCGAAACCCAGAUACAGGAUUCAAUUAACAUACUACUCCAUAAGGUUCUCAGUGAACCAGACGGCAAACAGUUUCAAUUUCCCAGCGCCAACUUCAUUGCUGAUGGCACUGAAAUCACGGCAAACAUGACGUAUGUAUACAAAGAGGAAGAUGUCAACCAGCCUAGUAGUUUUCUACAGGAAGUCUUAAAAGUCUCAGGUCUCCUGACCACCACUGUUGCCCCAACAACAACUAUCAGCAACACACCACUUCCUACCCUUUUGGCUUCAGUGACAUCAACAACUAGAUUCAGCACAGUGGGGGUUUUGGUUGAACUGAUAUUCAAGGUCAAAUCACCAGUCCCCACUGAGGAUGCUGUCCUUGGUGCCGUCAAGAAGCAACUGUCUCCUCAAUUCACGACCACUCAAACCACCUUUCAGACUGCAACAUAUAUCAAACUUACAGAUACUUCAUUUGCCAUCGACCUUGGUUUCAAAAUAACCAAUGUAACCCAGGAGUCUCUAAGUAAUAGACUCACACUCACCAAUGAGACCGAAACCCAGAUACAGGAUUCAAUUAACAUACUACUCCAUAAGGUUCUCAGUGAACCAGACGGCAAACAGUUUCAAUUUCCCAGCGCCAACUUCAUUGCUGAUGGCACUGAAAUCACGGCAAACGUGACGUAUGUAUACAAAGAGGAAGAUGUCAACCAGCCUAGUAGUUUUCUACAGGAAGUCUUAAAAGUCUCAGGUCUCCUGACCACCACUGUUGCCCCAACAACAACUAUCAGCAACACACCACUUCCUACCCUUUUGGCUUCAGUGACAUCAACAACUAGAUUCAGCACAGUGGGGGUUUUUGUUGAACUGAUAUUCAAGGUCAAAUCACCAGUCCCCACUGAGGAUGCUGUCCUUGGUGCCGUCAAGAAGCAACUGUCUCCUCAAUUCACGACCACUCAAACCACCUUUCAGACUGCAACAUAUAUCAAACUUACAGAUACUUCAUUUGCCAUCGACCUUGGUUUCAAAAUAACCAAUGUAACCCAGGAGUCUCUAAGUAAUAGACUCACACUCACCAAUGAGACCGAAACCCAGAUACAGGAUUCAAUUAACAUACUACUCCAUAAGGUUCUCAGUGAACCAGACGGCAAACAGUUUCAAUUUCCCAGCGCCAACUUCAUUGCUGAUGGCACUGAAAUCACGGCAAACGUGACGUAUGUAUACAAAGAGGAAGAUGUCAACCAGCCUAGUAGUUUUCUACAGGAAGUCUUAAAAGUCUCAGGUCUCCUGACCACCACUGUUGCCCCAACAACAACUAUCAGCAACACACCACUUCCUACCCUUUUGGCUUCAGUGACAUCAACAACUAGAUUUGGCACAGCCGUGGUUUUUGUUGAACUGAUAUUCCAGCUCAAAACACCAGUCCCCACUGAGGAUGCUGUCCUUGGUGCCGUCAAGAAGCAACUGUCUCUUCAAUCCAAGACCACUCAAACCACCUUCCAGAAUGCAACUUAUAUCAAACUUACAGAUACUUCAUUUGCCAUCAAACUUGGUUUCAAAAUAACCAAUGUACCCCUGGAGUCUCUAAGUAAUAGACUCACAUUCACCAAUGAGACCUACGUCCAGAUACAGCUUUCAAUUAACACACUACUCCGUGAACUUCUCAGUGAACCAGACGGCAAACAGUUUCAAUUUCCCAACGCCAACUUCAUUGCUGAUGGCACUGAAAUCAGGGCAAACGUGACGUAUGUAUACAAAGAGGAAGAUGUCAGCCACCCUAGUGGUUUUCUACAGGAUGUCUUAAAAGUCUCAGGUCUUCUGACCACCACUGUUGCCCCAACAACAACUACCAGCACCACACCACUUCCUACCCUUUUGCUGACUACACCUUUCAAUACCACAAGUGUUGGAGGUUUUCCUGGCUGGGCUUUGGCCAUUAUCAUUCCUUGUGGCAUCGCUAUCAUUCUGGUACCCCUGUGGAUCCUGCUAUGUUGUAUGCUAUGUGGCUGCUGUGCAGCUGUAAGGAGACGCUGGCACAGACGCAGAUCUUACAAUGUACAGUACACAACCAGAAACGGACUCUUCUGAGGUGACAAAACUAACACCAGUGGGCAACUGUCAUCACAAGAACAGCCAAUUAUCUAUCUAUAUCUGCUAAUCAGGAGACUUCAUUGGGUGCUUGCAUCUAUUUUUUUUUUAUCAUGAUAAGAAAAUUCAUAAUGGGCUUAAUAAUCCACAGGCUUUUGCGCAUUGUACAAUAUUUUAUAUUAUACAUCUGAUUGUUAAUCAAGGUUACAGUUGAGCUGAACAGUAUGUAUGUUUAUGUAUUUAUUAGCUAUGUACUUUAUGUGGUUUCAAGCUGUGCUGUCCACUGACUAAAACGGUUAUCAGUUAUUUAUUGAAUGUAGAUUAAAAUAUUUAUUUGAGUUUUGUUAUUUCCUCUUUUGAUUAACUAUUAACUAACUUAUUUUCAACUGCAAUACAGUACUUGUUUCUUCAUCACACAGUUUGACAAAUGUAAUAAAGGCUUUGCAAAUCAG